GGAGCCGUAGCAGAAAAAGGGGGGUUGUUGUGUGCACUUUCUCUUUGUCCUGGAGAGGUGUGUGGGUUGAGCGUGAUUUGACCGUAAGACAGAAAGUGACUUCAGAGGGAAUUACUGAAAAGAGCUGAACAUCUUUCAAGGAUUUUUUUUCUUGGAGGAACUGUCACUGAUUCAACAUGUUGGACAUGGAAACAAAUGGCCGAUAUCAUUGAUCUCUGAUGAGAACUUUUAAGGACGUGAAGGGAUUUAAAUGAGGAUAAGUCAACAGUCUUUAAAAGAUUUUCUUCAAGAAAAAGUCUUGCUUUACUUCUGACUGUUUCUUGGUGGGACUUCAACAGCUGGAUCAGUGUGAAGGUUUUCAAAGUUGACUUUGGGGAAAUAUUAAAGGAUAUUUAAUUAUAUUCCUCGGGAUUAGAAUCAAAUUCUGGUUAUUUUGAAGACUUUUUUUGCAAAUUUAAAACAGCUUUACACUACUUUUAGACAACUUGUUGAUAUUAUUUAUUUGCUCGUGAAUCUGACUUACUGUAGGUGGUGAGCCAACUGUGAGAUGUACUGCUAAAUAUUUCAUCUAUUCUCAAAGGAUACAAUCAAUCAACAUCGAUCAUUUUCACCUUCUUCCACUUAGUCCAGAGGGACAGUGACUGAGAGGAAAAAUCACUUGCAGAAACCUACCUCAAGAACCAACCACUUUCAUUAUUAAUACAUAAACCAGAAAGAGGAAGAGAGGCAGACAGAGAUGGCACAGAUAGAUGGAGGAAAAGAGCAGGGGCGUGUCAAGGACCAGGACCAGCCUGGAGCCAAAGCUGCUGUUGGAGGCCCAACAGCAGGCGGAGGAGUGGUGGUGGAGGUCAGGGAGAAGAAGGGACCUCUGCGGGCUGCGAUACCCACAAUGCCUUUCCCUCUGGCUGUCAUCUGUCUGUUUCUGAACACCUUCAUACCUGGACUCGGUACUUUCAUCUCAGCGUUCACGGUGCUGUGUGGAGCUCGCAGCGAGCUGAUCUCAGAGCGAGGUGUUUGUUGUGUGUUCUGGCUCAACGUGGCAGCAGCCCUCAUUCAGAUACUGACAGCUGUUAUCAUGGUUGGAUGGAUCAUGAGCAUCUUCUGGGGAAUGGACAUGGUCAUCCUGGCAAUUUCUGAUGGCUACAGAGACCAGGGGCUUCCUCAGGACGUCUGAGAGAGGUCGCUCUCCUGUUUGAUGGAUCACACGGACAGUUUGACCUCUUUACCCUCUCUGAUGCCUGAUGGUGACCUUUAGCUUUGUGAUGACCUGCCGUUGCCUAUAUUUCAAAUGCCGGCCCACAGAGAGAAGCAGAGACGUGAAAAUAAAUUUGGCACAUGGGAAACGAAGGAAGGAAAGAAUCAGCUGACUGCUUCUGAUUGCACGCUGCUGAUUGGCUGAGCCCACUUCUACAUUUAAUUUAAAAGGAACAAGACAAGGAAAGAGAGACUAAAACUGUACAGUCACAAGGAAACAAUGUGUUUGUAUUUUGUUGAGUGAGUAACAGUGAUUUUUGAAUUCUGUCUUUUGAUAUUAUUUCAUGUAUUUGAAAAAAAAAGUUAAUAUGUAAAAACUUGUAGAGCAGACUACAUGUUAUCUACAUGACAGGAUGAAGGAAAUGAAGGAAGGACAAUGUGUUGGCAUGACUGAGGAAAUUUAGAUGCUGAGUUGCAAGCUUUUUUUCCGUAUUUUUGGCUUGUGAAUUUUGACAGAUGAAAAAAUGAAGGAAAAAAAUCAAACAAAAACACUGACGUUAUGUGGCGCAUAACAGUUUUUCCAGAACCAGCGUAACCAGAGUUUUCACUGCCUCUCAACUGGCUGCCCUGUGCAGCAGCCAAUCUGCUUAAAGAAGUUAAUUUCAGUGUUAGGUGUCACUGGGUUUAUCGUCCCAUGGCCUGUGUCAAAGACUGACUUUAGCAUUAGCCUCCAGUGGGAUUUAGUGGCAUUUCCAUUGUGUGGUUCCAUCUCUAACUGUUCAGUAAUAUUGUGUUUACAGCCAGUACAAAAUCAUACUUAUUUGCCACUUAAUCUGACAAUCGCUGAGCACAAAAUCAAAAAUUACUAAAGUGAUGAAUGUAGAGCAAACAUGUCUUCCACUGGAACAUGUCAUCCAACAACCCAGUUGACAGAAAAAAAGUUUGCAUUGUACAUUUCUGCUAACCACAGUUCAGUCAGAUAACUCACGUUUAAAUGUUAAUUUCAACAGCAGAACAUAGUAAGAGUUUGGCGUCUAGACUCCUGCCUCAUCACUCCCUGCAGAUGUUUACAUGAGAUAUUGGAAAGUGAUGAUUAAAUACUUUCCCCUUUAGCCGGAGCCUGCAGGUGGAUGUUGGGGUGGAGGUGGGGCUGAAAGAGGGAGCAGCAGUACCGAUGCAGGGCAGCAGCUGCACAGACAAUGCAAAGGGAGAGCUGAGAAGAAUUUGCAGCCUAAAUAGACCAAAUUUGUAUUUUUCAUAUGUAGCAGAUAUGUUGAAACUUUAUGUUUCAGUUUUCAAAUUAUAUGCUGUGACAAUAAUGCGCUUACUGUGUGGUUAGGUUGAAGUACAAAAAACACUUUGUUAGGGUUAGCAAUUAAUUGUGUUUUUGCUUAAAAUGUCCAGUUUGGUCAUCACAAACACUGCUGGAAAUGUGUCGUUCAUUUUUGUCGCAUCAAACAUGCCUGGAAAAUGUACUAACUAAAAAAAAAUAUCCACUUAAACUACAACAAAUACGCCUGGAAAUAUACUGACAUGCCAUUUAAAAAAAUACCCGGUUUUGUCGCGACAAACACAGCUGGAAAUAUCCCAACAUGGUGUUAAAAAAUACCCACUUUUGUCGCAUUAAACAUGCCUGGAAAAUGUCCCAAUGUGUCAUUGAAAAAAAUAUCCAGCUUUGUCGCAACAGACACAGCAGAAAAUGUCUCGAUGUGUUGUUAAAAAAAUACCCAGUUCUGUCGCGACAAACACAGCUAGAACAAGAGGGACAUCGUCCUUCGGCCGAGGUCCCUAAAUAUCCCAACAUGUCGUUGAAAAAUACCCACUUUUGUAGCAUCAAACAUGCCUGGAAAAAUGUCCAGGCAAGUGUCAUUCAAAAAAUAUCCAGCUUUCCAACAAACACAGCUGGAAAUGUCCUGAUGUGUUGUUAAAAAAUAGUUGGUUUUGUUGCAUUAAACACGCUAGAAAUGUCCCAGUGUAUCAUUUUAAAAUAGCCCGUUUUGUCGCGACAAACACAACUGGAAAUAUCCAAACGUGUCGUUUAAAAGAUCUCAAGCUUUGUCGCAACAAACACAGCUGGAAAUAUCCCAACGUGUCGAAGAAAAAUACCCACUUUUGUUGCAAAAAACAUGGCUGGAAAUAUCCAAACGUAUCUUUUAAAAGAUCUCAAGUUUUGUCGCAACAAACACAGCUGAAAAUGUCCUGAUGUGUCGUUUAAAAGAUCUCCAGCUUUGUCACGACAAACACAGCUGGAAAUAUCCCAACGCGUCGAAGAAAAAUACCCACUUUUGUCGCAAAAAACACGCCUGGAAAAUGUCCCAACAUGUCGUUUAAAAAAUAUCCAGCUUUCCAACAAACACAGCUGGAAAUGUUCUGAUGUGUUCUUAAAAAAUACCCAGUUUUGUCGCAACAAACACAGCUGGAAAUGUCGCUACAUGUCAUUCUAAAAUAGCUGGUUUUGUUUGUUGGUCUUGAACAGUGGUCUGCAGCUUGACAGCUGUCUCGCCCAGGUGUUGCUCCAUCCACCACCUCCUGCUCCUCCUCCUCCUGAUGAGAAACUCAGCCAUAUACAUAUAAUCUGAACUACAUCACUUUUGAAAUGUUGAUAUGAUACGUAUGAAAAGUACACAUCUAACAUAUCUGUGGUUUGCAGAAAUGUACAAUACCGAGAUUUUAUUCUUGCGACUGGCCUGGAUCAAACUAUAAAUGGCUCUGAUACCUAAUAUUCAGGUUAGUGAGUUUGAAUGCUAACUUGAUUAUGUUGGAGGAAUAAUUUGCCAUCAGCCUAUAGUUAUUGCAGCUACAGAAUUUUACUUUCCAGGCAAUGUUUUAGUGUAAUAGCAAACACAUCUUUAACACAAUGAGUCUCACUGCUGGUCACAAGAUGUGUGUUAUCCUAAAAUUGCACUGCUGUGUGGAAAAAUGACUCAUGCCUCCUGAUAAUUGUUUGAUUUGAAUUUUCAUACCUCUUAAACAUGUAAAACAGUAUCAGCAGAGGGAUAUUAAACCUUAUUAGAACAUGGUAUCUAAUUAACAAUAUGCCACUCUGGAAAACCAUAGUUAGCACCCUGUCUGUCACAUCAUGACAAAGACACAGUUACAAUGAUGUCAUUUAGGUUUGUGACUUUUUUUGAACAGCCUUUUUUGACUUGUUCAGUAAGGAUCAUGCAUCAUUCACAUAAGAGACUAGAUGAAUAUAAAAACCAUAAAGAUUUUAGGUUGUUGAAUUCACUGUUUUUUGUGUACAUUGUGUAUAUAUUAACAUGUGGGUGUUUGUGUGUGAUUGGUAGUGUGCAAUAUUGGAAGUGGGGACUGGAGAAUAUAACUAUGUGGGAAGGUGUGCAGGUUGUAAGUAAAUAUGAACAAUUCUAUCGCGUACAAGACUCAAUCGAAAGGUUGUAUAAUUUAUCACAGCUUGCCUUGGAACUGUCGAUCCAAACAAAGCCUUUCCCAUGAUGCCGCACUGGCUUUCUCACGCGCUGUACUACUGGCUCACUUCCCUGAAAGUUUUCCAAGAGUUUCAAAAGUCAAAGAGCUUUAAACAAAGAGAAUUAAACCAGCUUAGCCUCAGAUGCAACACUGAUAGAAAGUGGUGCACUUCGAAAUCACUGCAGGUGUGUUUGCAGGAAGUGGUGGGUGAUAAAUUCAGUUACUGCUGAACAAAUGGAACGGGCCCAAAAUGGCACUGUUAGACAAAAUACAUACAGUACACCUUAAAAAACAGAAAUGCAGAUUUUUACCUCUUGUGUAAUAAGGGAUAGACUGAGCAAAUGCCAUGCAGCAUUUCUGGAGAAAAGUGGAGAUAAAUUAUGGUGAAAUCAUGAUAGUGGUUGUGCCUCUACAGAAAUCAAACUCCAUGUGCAUAACUCACAAUGUUCAUUUGAUUUUCUACCUGUUCUGUUUCUCUGUUUUGUUUUAAAUAUCCCUGUAGGUUUUAUUUAUCCUCAUUAUCUUUGCCAAAUGCCUUUUUUAAGAGUAUUGCUGUAUUUUCGAUGACAACAUUGUUUUUGACUGUGUAUGUGUUGUACACUGUGUGUGUGUGAGACAGAUGAUGAGGAUGAUGUCUGUAACUGUGACAAUAUUUUAUCCCUUACCAAUGAAAAGUGUUCUCCCAGAAGUGUUUCUGUAGCAGUGAUGCUGGAGUUUUUUGCUUUGUUGAGGUUUGGGUGCAAUUUAUAGAUCUGAAAUAACUGUUAUUUGGACACUUUAUUAUAAUGAUGGUGGUGUCGUGCUAGCUUUUUGAUUGUAGGAUAAACAUACUGCCAUGUACAGUUUUUUGCAUGCAACGCUUUGGUGUUGAGUCACUGUAUAGAUUAACACAAACACAGGCUAACUUUUGCUAUUUUAAGAUUGUAGCUUCAUUCUGUGACUUUGCAACAUUGGUUUUAUUUUAAGUUGUUUGAGGUGACUGAUGAAAAAAAAAACAAUUAAAAAAGUUUUGGUUCAAAUGGCUCAGUGCUUGUGACUGAAUUGUGCAUUUUUAAUUUAACGUAAAUCAGCAUUUUGAGGGAUUCAUGAGCAGACUGUUCACCUUGUGAAACUGAGAAAUUGUGGAGUCACUGUUUUUCAAAGCAAAGUCUUGGACUCGCCCGUAUCUUUGUGGGAUUAAUAUGUGCAAAUUUUGUAAAUAUAUGAUGUGUCAAUUCACAUCAGACUCAUGAAUAAACAUUCCCUUCUGAA